CGAAUUCACACACCCCAACCAUAAUUUCUAUAAUUUCUAAUCACCGCUGCAAUCUCCGUAAUAAUGUCCUCCCAACAAGACGAAGCCGCCAUAGACGCCCACUCCCGCACCGCCCUCACCACCGCAAAACGCAACCUCCGCUACCUCUACUCCCCCGAAACCGCUCCAGCCUCGGCCCUGCCUACCCACCGCCGCACCCGCGCCCUGCUCCGCCUCGUGCGCUCCUCCCUCCUCUUCCUCUUCUGGCGGCUCGUCCGUUACGCAAAAUAUGUCGCCAUUGGGUCUCUGAUUGCGACUGUUGGUGCCGGGGCAUUCGGCACGGUGGUGAGCGGGGCUGGGUUCGUGCUUGCGCCGACGGGGAUCGCGGGCACGAUUGUUGCGGGGACGGUUUGGGGGGUUGGGAGGUUUGUGGCCAGGAGGUUGAGGAGGAGGUGGGAGAAUGGGAAGGGGUAUGGGGAGGUGGAGGAGAGGUGGGAGGAGGGGAGGGGGCCGGUGAAGAGGAUGGUGAGGGGGCCUGAGGCAGUGCCUUGGUGAUGUAAGGGGAAUGAAUUGGGCGGUUGAGGGAAAGAUUGUGAGGUUUGCUCGCGUCAAUGUGCUGCAUGCAUCAUCAAGGCGGACGGUACUAAAAGAUUGGAGACUUAACCAGAGGGAAGGACUUGAUGACGUCCUCGAUAUCGGCACUCCAAAGAGAUAUCACGAGAUAUGCUCGCACCAGUGCGCGUCGCGCAUUCCAUUCCUCAAAUAUGAUCAGGGACUCAAUUUGCGGUAAACCUGUAGGCCAAUACCGGGCUACGCAAACACGUCUUGCGGGUGUGCCUCGGCCUUAGACUCUUCAACAAAUUUCGCAAAAGCACC